AUGCCCGAAGACAAGCCCCUCACCGCCCUCUGCGCUAUCUGCCACACCGGCGACCAGAAGUACACCUGCCCGCGCUGCAACAUCCACACCUGCUCCCUUCCCUGCGUAAAACUCCACAAAGUCCGCGCAUCAUGCUCCGGCAUCCGCGACCCAGCCGCUUACAAGCGACGAGCUGACCUAGCUACGGCCAGCAGCAUCGACUCAGACUUCAACUUCAUCACCUCGCUCGAGCGCUCCCUGACGCAGGCGGACGACGAUUCAAAACCGACGAUGCGGGUGUUCAAGAAGGUCACGGAUUCGGAGCGAUUGGCGGGACUGGUGAAGGAGAGGGGCAUCACGUGGAGGAGAGCGCCGAAGGGCAUGAAGCGUCGGCUGGAGAACCAUACCCGGAUAGAGAACGGUGGAGUGUCGUGGACGGUGGAGUUCUUGCUUCCGGAGGCGAAGAGGGUGUGUUUGUUGGUGCCGGACUCAAGGACUGUGGGCGAGGCUUGGGAGAUGGGUACUGCGAAGCCGCAGAAGAGCAAAGGUGGGAAGCGAAAACGCAGUUCAGGCGAGGAAGGAGCGAUGGCAGCAAAGAAGCAGCAGGCAGCGUCUCCGUCUAGUGAUGCGCGGAUUGUGACUGCAGACUUCGAUCAGGAACACCACUUCUAUCUACUACGGCCGAACACGCUGUCCAAGGUGAAAGUGCUACGACCAGUCAACAGGACGGAGAAGCUGAUCGAUAUCCUGCGCAUUCGCGUCGUCAUGGAAUACCCUACGCUAUAUGUCAAGGCCGAACCACCAGAUCGACUAGGCCCACCUUUCAUGCUCGAGGAGAAGUACUUGACGGAGUACGGAGAAGAUGUGUCCGCACCUCCUGCGGCCCCAGCGCAAGAGCCGGCUUCAGACGAUGAAGAAGGCGAGGUUCAUGAGUCCGAACCACCGAUGCCCGAGGCUGUGCUCAAAGCCAUGCAGGAUCCCAGCAAAGUGCUUGCGGUACUCCAGGCGGAUCUCAAGACAUAG